AUGAGCCAUCGAUCUGCCACAGCUAUCAGCCACAGCGAUCAGCCACAGCGUUCAGCCACAGCCAUCAGCCAGCGAUCAGCCAAAGCGAUUAGCCAGCGAUCAUCGACUGCAAUCAGCCACGGCAAUCAGCCACAGCGAUCAGCCACAGCGAUCAGCCACAACGAUCAGCCACAGCGAUCAGCCAGCAAUGAGCCACAGCGAUCAGACGGUGAUCAGCCAGCGAUCAACCACAGUGAUCAGCCAGUGAUGAGCCACAGUGAUUGGCCAGCGACCAGCCACAGCGAUCAGCCACGGCGAUCAGCCACAGCGAUCAGCCACAGCGAUCAGCCACAGCGAUCAGCCACAGCGAUCAGCAACAGCAAUCAGCCACAGCGAUCAGCCAGCAAUCAGCCACAUCGAACAGCCAGCAAUAAGCCACAGUGA